UUGUAAACAUUAGACUUGCUCGUGUUCAGAUAUCAAGAUGUUACCGAAAAUACUUUGUCGUGGAACAAUUGACCGUCUGUCACAUUUACCUUCCCCAUUCUGAAAUACUUAUUUGACGCUCCUCAAAUUGUGUCAGUGCCCUAGCCAGCUAGCUAGCCUGUGUGACUGGGUGUUGUGUACAGCUCUUUGUGUGAGAUGGGGGACGAUCGACCUUUUGUGUGCACCGCCCCAGGCUGUGGCCAGAGAUUUACUAAUGAAGACCAUCUAUCAGUCCACAAACACAAGCAUGAGAUGACCCUGAAAUUUGGUCCUGCCAGAACUGACUCCGUCAUCAUUGCAGACCAGACCCCCACACCCACCCGCUUCCUGAAGAACUGUGAGGAGGUGGGUCUGUUCAACGAGCUGGCCAGCUCCUUCGAGCAGGAGUUCCGGAAGGCCCAUGAGGAUGACCAAAGGAACAAAAACCCGGUGAGGCUCACGGCCCCCCAGCUUCCAGCCCCACCCCUACAGACCCCCUCUGGGGUGAAAGAGGAGGAUGAGGGGCCUCUGGAGGUUGACUCCUCCCCCCCAGGCAGUCCUGACUCCACCUCCAGCAUGUCGGACAGCAGCAAAGAGCCAAUGGUGAGAGGAAAGGAGACUCCUCCUCCACGGCCGGUGGUGAGCGCUGCCCCCACGCCAACUAUCCUACGCCCAGGGUCCCUUCCCAUUCACCUUGUUUACGACCCCCUGCACCCGACUCUGCCCUCGCCAACCUCUGUCAUCACACAAACCCCGCCCUCCAACAGACAACUGGGCUCUCCGACAGGUUCCUUCCCGCUGGUAAUGCAUCUCCCCAACGGACAGACGGUCCCUCUCCUCCCCAGCCCAAAUAUGACCUCAGUCAUAUCUCUGGCGAGGCCGUUUAAUAUGGUGCCCAACAUCCCUGGGAUUCCAGGCCCUCCGAUUGGUGGGACCAGCAGUGGCUCCUCCUCCCCAUCUGGGUAUAGUCUACACUCAGAGGCCAAGAUGAGGCUGAAGGCAGCGCUGACCCAACAACAGCAGCAGCAUGGCCCAGGGGCUCAAAACGGGGCUGGAGAGGGUCCAGGGGGGGCAGGUUCCAGCCCCACUGUUCCCCAGAGACAUGAGCAGAGCCAGCAGCCCUCGCAGCACUCUGACACCCCCUCUCCCGCACAGCCACAGCAAACCAGCAGUGGCUCCUCCUCUCCAUUUGGGUAUAGUCUACAUUCAGAGGACAUGAUGGUGUCCCCAGCCCAGCCCACGGGUGGUAGGAGGCGGCGGGGUGCAGAGGUUGACCCAGACGAGAGGAGGCAGCGCUUCCUGGAGAGGAACAGGGCGGCGGCUUCUCGCUGCCGACAGAAACGCAAGGUGUGGGUCGGCUCUCUGGAGAGGAAGGCAGAGGACCUGGCUACCAUGAAUGUUUCUUUGACCAAUGAAGUGGGUCUGCUGAGGAAUGAGGUGACCCAACUGAAACAGCUGCUGCUGGCCCACAAAGACUGCCCUGUCACUGCCAUGCAGAAGAAGUCUGCCUACAUAGCUGCAGGAGUAGAGGAGAACUCCAGGGACCCCCCCUCUGAGCCUAUGGGCUCCCCAGCCCCGGUUAUCCAGCAUGGGCCUUCGCCCCUUGCCCCCAGCCCUGGGGCCAUCACCGUCAACGGGCUGAGCGUCCGCGCGGCUGAGGCAGUAGCCAUGUCGGUCCUGGCCGGCAUGGGGGCGGCCCAGCAGGGAGGGGUCCUCAUGGCCACACAGCCGCAGCCCGCCCCCAGAUGAUGAGCAGGCGCAGGGAGCCAGUAAGAACUCUACAUUGGGCUUUACGAGGCUGGACUGGCACAAUGAUGUGUGCAAGAGAUUGAAAGAGAGAAAGGGACCUGAUUUGAAAUCUGAAAUUCCACCUGUUGAUAGUACUUCUCACUCCCCUCCCCAUCUAUCUCCAUCCUAUGCUCUAUGACCUUGGACACACUGAUAGCCUCACAGCCAAUGAUAAUCACUGAACAGUAGUCCUGCCUCUUGGGCCCAUUUUCUGAUUGAUCCUAGCUUGGAUGCACUGUCACUGUACAGUUGAAGUCGGAAGUUUACAUACACUUAGGUAGGAGUCAUUAACUUGUUUCUCAACCACUCCCAAAAUGUCUUGUUAACAAACUAUAGUUUUGGGAAGUCAGUUAGGACAUCUACUUUGUGCAUGACCCAAGUAAUUUUCCCCCAAAAAAUUUACAGACAGAUUAUUUCACUUAUAAUUCACUGUAUCACAUUUCCAGUGGGUCAGAAGUUCACAUACAGUAAGUUGACUGUGCCUUUAAACAGUUUGGCAAAUUCCAGAAAAGGAUGUCAUGGCUUUAGAAGCUUCUGACAGGCUAAUUGACAUAAUUUGAGUCAAUUGGAGGUGUACCCGUGGAUGUAUUUCAAGGCCUACCUUCAAACUCAGUGCCUCUUUGCUUGACAUCUUGGGAAAAUCAAAAGAAAUUAGCCAAGACCUCAGAAAAUAAAUUGUGGGCCUCCACAAGUCUGGUUCAUCCUUUGGAGUAAUUUCCAAACGGCUGAAGGUACCACGUUCAUCUGUACAAACAAUAGUAUGCAAGUAUAAACACCAUGGGACCACCUUAGCCGUCAUACCACUCAGGAAGGAGACGCGUUCUGUCUCCUAGAAAUUAACGUACUUUGGUGUGAAAAGCGCAAAUCAAUCCCAGAACCACAGCAAAGGACCUCGUGAAAAUGCUGGAGGAAACCGGUACAAAAGUAUCUAUAUCCACAGUAAAACGACAUAACCUGAAAGGCCGCUCAGCAAGUAAGAGGUCACUGCUCCAAAACCACCAUAAAAAAGCCAGACUACGGUUUGCAACUGCACAUGGGGACAAAGAUCGUACUUUUUGGAGAAAUUUUUUAUUUCACCUUUAUUUAACCAGGUAGGCAAAUUGAGAACACGUUCUCAUUUACAAUUGCGACCUGGCCAAGAUAAAGCAAAGCAGUUCGACACAUACAACAACACAUAGUUACACAUGGAGUAAAACAAACAUACAGUCAAUAAUACAGUGAAAAUAAGUCUAUAUACAAUAUGAGCAAGUGAGGUGAGAUAAGGGAGGUGAAGGCAAACAAAAUAUAUAUAUAAAUAAAUAAAUAUAAAAAGGCCAUGGUGGUCAGAAAUGCCCUCUGGUCUGAUGAAACAAAAAUAGAACUGUUUGGCCAUAAUGACCAUCGUUAUGUUUGGAGGUGGAGGUGCAAGCUGAAGAACACCAUCCCAACUGUGAAGCAUGGGGGUGGCAGCAUCAUGUUUUGGGGGUGUUUUGCUGCAGGAGGGACUGGUGCACUUCACAAAAUAGAAGUUGUGGCAAAAUGGCUUAAGGACAACAGUCAAGGUAUUGGAGUGGCCAUCACAAAGCCCUGACCUCAAAUCCUAUAGAAAAUUUGUGGGCAGAACUGAGAAAGUGUAUGCGAGCAAGGAGGCCUACAAACCUGACUCAGUUACACCAGCUCUGUCAGGAGGAAUGGGCCAAAAUUCACCCAACUUACUGUGGGAAGCUUGUGGAAGGCUACCCAAAACAUUUGACCCAAGUUAAACAAUUUAAAGGCAAUGCUACCAAAUACUAAUUGAGUGUGUGUACAUUUCUGACCCACUGGGAACGUGAUGAAAGAAAUAAAAGCUGAAGGAAAUAAUUAUCUCUGCUAUUAUUCUGACAUUUCACAUUCUUAAAAUAAAGUGGGGACCUAAAACAGGGAAUUUUUGCUAUAAUUAAAUGUCAGGAAUUAGGAAAAACUGAGUUUAAAUGUAUUUGGCUAAGGUGUAUGUAAACUUCCGACUUCAACUGUAUAUAGAAGUGUAUGUACUCACACACCUGUAUGUACUCACACACACUCGAUCAAAGAAUGUAGUUUUUGUUGUCUAUUUCCAAUUCUUCUUUCCCCUGUCUACAGUGUAAAUCGUUCCUUACAUAUGUAUCUUCUUUAUGCAGCUGUUAAUCCUUGGGAAAUUAUUUUUUCAUCUUUAGGGCUGAAUACGCGUGAAAUAUUGUGUGCAUAUAUUUUUCCUCUUGUCAUGGAGUGAGCCAAAGUAAGGAUACAGUCGGUGUCUGGCCUUUUUUUUUUGACCUCGUAGGAAUUCUGCUUUCUGGCAAUGUGUAUGAAAACCCUUAUUGACUGCAUGGAUAUUAGAGGACACUGAUGAAGACCACUAUCUGUGUGCUGGUGUCUGUUAAUAUUAUCGCUGGUUUUAACAUACUGCUUUUCAAAUGACUGAUGCAAACAAUGAUAAUGUCCUAAUGUAACACUUGAAAUGGUUAGGUUUUAGAUUAUACUUUAUGUAAUAAUCAGCAAACUCUUCAUUAGAUAUAUAAUUUACCCAGGCUAAAGUUAGUUGAAGGAAAAAGCAGUACAAUAUAUUUUUAUAUUCAAUAUUAAUGUUCCUGUGUUUACCCGAAGCGUGUUUAGUGAAGUCAAUGGUAAAAUGGGUUGUUCUAAUUCAAUGAAAGUGGUUGAAAUUCUAGGUGAUCAAAGGAAAUAUAAAUCUAUGACGUUCUUGAAUGCAAAUCUGGAUUAGGAAACAUCUAUAUUGAGUUAUAGAUCAUGUCUAAGGCUUGGAUGCUUUACCCCAUUUGAAAAACUGUCUAUUGGAAUAUCACUUUUCUAAGACUCUUAAUUUGAAUAUGGCAUGAAAUGUCAGUGAGGAAUGUCCUUUUUAUGUUUUUACCACUGUCAUUUAGCUUUGAGGAAUGCCAUAUUGUUUAUUUCCUCAUCUUUUUGUCCAUUUUUUUUUUUUUUUUACAUAUCAAUAUUUUAAAUGUUCUAUUAGUCAUUUUAUUGCUGUAGCUUCUCCACCCUGUCAUGUUACCAGUCCCCUCAUGUUCUGUCAAGAGGAGGGAAAUGUCUGUCUUCAACAGUGUAACCUCUACAAACUAUUGUGGAAAUUGAUUGUCUCUAAGAAUGUGUCGAGGGAGUUUUCCCCAAAAAUUAUUCCACCUUAAGGCGGGUGAAAUGAACUUGUGUAUAGUCUCAACUAAUAAACUAUCUCCAGCAAAAUAAAUAA